AUGCCGUCACUUAUAAUAGCUCAGCUGGGAUAUAUAGAAAACAAAUCUUUUUUUCUCUUCGGACUCAACGGAGGUUCGCAGCCAUUGAUGGGAUCAUUAGGUUUGAUUGUGUUGAUUCACCGCUUCUCUAUCAUCUUGUACCGUGAUCAACGAAGAAAUAUCUUUCGAACAAUAUCAUUUAUCACUAAUUUUGUGAACAUCGUCUUCCCAUCUUACAUCCUAUACUAUUUCACUGUGAGUUAUGAUUCUGAGUUAGCAGCGCAACAUCUUCUACAAGAUUGUCCACACUUCUUUCCAAUACUGUCAUAUGAGUUUGUCUAUAUGUAUCAUCCGAGGACUACGGAAAUUGUGAUGUUUUUGUUAACCUUCUAUAUCAGCUUCAAUAUGAUCUGGUUUACCUGCCUGUUGCAAUUCUGUUUGAGGAAAUUCAGAGAAAAGACAGGAAAUUUUUCGGAAACGACAAGAAAAAUACAAACUCGACUCAUGAUCAACAUGGCUUUGACAAUUUCAAUUCCAUUUUUCUUACAUAUAACGCCUGCAUGUAUACUUUCUGUGUUUUUAGCGGCUAAAACUCAGAUAACCAUAUCGAUACCAACAGUGCUUUGGUACAUGAGUGAAAUGCAUCCAAUUCUGAACUGUGUAGCAUCCAUCUCACUCAACGAGCACUACUUGAAAAAGUUUAAAAAUGAUCUUCGACUCGUCUCCGAAUAG